AUGGACCUCGACCAGGCGGCACCAGACGAGCAGCGCCCACCGGUAGCGCCAGCCAACCCCGCCAAGGGCAGUGUCCCCCACGACGACGUCGGCGACGACGACGACGACGACGACGACCCCAUCACAGCCACAUACCCCGUCUUCCUGAACCCUUCACUCCCGUUCGGCCGACGCCUUCUGGUCCUUCAGCACCCGAACCGCACAGAUGAGCAGCCGCGGCCGCCGCCGACGGAGCUCCGCCUCAAGGCCCGCACGGGCAUGGUAGAGGUGGACAUGCCGCUGGACAGCUCGCCGGGCGUGUAUGAUCGUGAGAAGGGCGUGCGGUGGGGCCGGUCGCUCAACGCGUCCAUGACGGCCAAGAACGGCGGCAGCCACGGACUGGCGGGCGGCUUCGGCUUCGGCGCUGUGCAGCAGCGGGGGGGCGCCGGCAGGAGGAAGUCGGACGCCCUGGACGAUGACGACGACGAUGUCACCAUCGACUGGAAUGAGGCGGUGCGCCAGGGCAAAGCGCUCACCACGCAGACCUUGGGAGGGCAGUACCCAGAGGUCAAUGACGUGCAGUACAUGGUUGGCGUGUUUCAAGGAAAAAACCUACACCUCACACCCGCCUCGUCCCUCGUCCACCUCCGCCCGCAGCUACACCACAUAGACGCCUCUACGCAACUCGAGCGCCGCACAGCGGGGGGCGACUCGGGCGGAGCCGGUGCGGGCGCAGGCGGCGUUUCGGGCGCCUCCGGCGCUGCCGGCGCCAGCGCCAAGGCGAUCCACAUGACCGUCAAGACGACGUCAGACACCGACGGUGUCAGCACAGAGACCAUGGCCGACCGCCUCCGCGCCGCCCAGUCUGAGCACUGGCGCAAGCUCCGCUACACCGACGAGAAUGACGAGGCAGCGUGGGAAGUCUACAACGAGUCCCUCUUCCUCCAACCCAAGGAACCCAUCAUCCCAGCCGCCACCGUCAGCAGUACAGAGAAGGGCAAGGGUAAGGAAAAAGAAAAUGGUGAAGGCAAGGGAGGAGGAGGAGAAGAAGAAGAAGAAGAUGAGGUGGUCAAUGAUGAGGUGCCCAUCCUGGAAGGUCACGUCCCCAACCUCGUCUCCAGGUGGGAAGACGAACAGCUCCUCGAGGCCGUGAGCGGGAUACGCAAGAGGAAGGACGACGACGAGGCCGACGUGGCCGCAGAAGUGAAGACCGACCCCGAGGCCAGGCGUCAGGCUGCCUCUGCCGCCGCCGCCGCCGCGAGGGCCCAGCAGCUCGCUGCCGAACAGGCUGCCAGGUCGGCCUCCAGACCUACCAGACCCAGAGGGGGUGCUGCCGCCGGCGCAAGGAGAGGGGCGCGUAAGGCUUGA